UUUGACUACGAAUGAGGAAGUAGAGCGGCCGGACGGUCUUGGAUGUCAAAGGGAACAUCACACACACACACAUACUCUGCGAGGUAGUUACGUGCUAUCGAGUGAAUAGCCAUACCGGCGUGGAGCCAUGUUUAAAAAGCUCAAGCAGAAGAUCAACGAGGAGCAGUCUCCGCAGAGGAACGCGCAGUCACCACUUCAGGCCCAGCAGACCGGACCUGGAGAGAGGCGUAGCAGCCACACCCCCUCCUUUCAACAGGAUGGCACACCCUCUCCAAGCGACAGAGAGGCGCUGGCCGGGAUGAUAGCCGAGCCCGCCUUUCUCUCUGAGUACACUAUCUUUGCUCUGGACCAUUCAAAACGACCCAAACCGGCCCAGGUAGCCAGUGUGGGGGCUUCCGGUGUGGUGUCCAGGUCUCCCAGAGGUAGUAUUAAUGGAGAUGGAAGUGCUUCUCCGCAGCCUCCGCGGAGAGAGGAGCCCCAGACCUUCGCCCAGAAGCUGCAGCUGAAGGUGCCCUCGGUGGAGUCGCUGUUCCGCAGCGGGGCCAGUCGGGCGGAGGGCCUCUUCCGCUCGCCGUCCAAGGAGAGCCUGGGCCGCAGCGCCUCCCGCGAGUCGCUCACCACGGUGGGGGAGGCGGAGCCCCCCGCCGCUCCCGGGUACGACCCCUCGUCGGACGUGGAGAGCGAGGCGGAGGACUCCCCGGGGAACGUGGAGGGGCUCUCCAAGGAGCAGCUGCUGCACCGCCUGCAGCGGUCGGAGCGGAGCCUGGGGAACUACCGGGGGAGGUAUUCGGAGCUUGUGACGGCGUAUCGGACGGUGCAGCGGGACAAAGAGAAAAGCCAGGUGAUCCUGAGUCAGAGUCAAGACAAAGCCCUGCGCAGGAUAGGAGAGCUUAGGGAGGAGCUUCAAAUGGACCAGCUGGCCAAGAAGCACCUGCAGGAGGAGUUCGAUGCUACCCUAGAGGAGAAGGACCAGUUGAUCACGGUGCUCCAGACUCAGGUGGCCCUGAUGAAGAAGAGACUCAAGGGGGUCACCGACCUCACGGUGCCCAUCGAGGUGGAGGUGUCAGCGUCUGAAGACGCUGCCAACUCCAGCGCCGCACUGCGGACUCCCACCAAGGACACGGACGCGGAGGCUGCCGUCGGCAACGAAGAGGGCAGCGGUGACUCAGCCAGGGUGAUGGAGGUGCUCCAGAAGAGGGUGACGAGGCAGGAGAACCUGCUGCUCAAGUGCAAGGAGCUGCUGAGAACCCACAAGGAGAGGGGCGCCCAGCUGGGCAGCGAGAACGAGACCCUUCAGGAGCAGCUGCAGCUCAGGCUGCAGGAGCUGGAGAAGAUGAAGGAGCUGCACACUACAGAGAAGACAAAGCUGAUCACCCAGCUGCGUGACGCCAAGAACCUCAUCGAGCAGCUGGAGCAGGAUAAGGGCAUGGUGAUCGCUGAGACCAAGCGUCAGAUGCAUGAGACGCUGGAGAUGAAAGAGGACGAGAUCGCCCAGCUACGUACCAGGAUGCAGCAGAUCGCCUCCCAGAAAGAGGAGCUGCAGGAGCAGAAGGAGAAGAAUGAGAAGUCAGCGUUCGAAGAGCUGGAGAGGGCAUUGGGCAUCGCUCAGAGGGCGGAGGAGGCCAGGAAGCAGCUGCAGGUUCAGCUGGAGGAGCAGGUGAAGGAGGUGGAGCGCGAGGGCGAGGAGGAGAGGAAGAGUUUGCAGCAGGAACUCUCCAGGGUCAAGCAAGAGGUCGUCUCCAUCAUGAAGAAAUCAUCUGAGGACACGGUUGCCAAUAUGGAAAAACAUCACAAUGAACUGCUUGCUGCCAAAGAGCAUGAACUAACUGCUCGAAUUAACCAAGCUGUGGAGCAAUGCAAAGAGGAGUUUUCCCAGGCUGCCAAGGAGAGGGAACAGCAAUCUUCUCUUGCAUUGGAGGACGCAGGACUGCAGAUGACAGCCCAGAAGACGGAGGCUGAGAACAAAGUCAAAGAGACACAGUUGGAGCUGGAGGCUGCCAGAACCAGAAUACUGGAGCUCGAGAGCACGCUGGAAAAGAGUUCCGAAAAUGGAUCGAGUCAGUCCAAUGAUUUCUCCAAGCAGAUGAAAGAUCUGCGAGCCAAACACAAGGAGCAGAUGUCUGCAUUGAAGGCGAAGCAACGGGAGCAGCUAGAGAAGCACGCUGACACCUUAACGCAGCAGCACAACACGGCCCUGGAGAAGCUGAAGCAGGAUCACAGCCUCAAUGUAGAGGACAUCUUGAAAGAUAAAGAACUCCAGUUCCAUGCACAUGUGGAAGACAUGAACCAGAAGACCUUGGAGAAAUUGGAUGCAAAACAAACAGAGCUUGAGGCUCUGUCCUCUGAGCUCUCUGAGGCGUUGGGGGUUAAGCAGCUUCUGGAAGAGAGGCUUGCAGCACUGGAUGGUUCUGUUGGUUCAGCCCAGCAAGCCGUGGAGCAGAGACUAAAAGAGGAGGAAGCAAAGCACCAUGCAGCUAUGGCAGAUAUCAGGCAGCAGCAUGAAGAGUCACUUGGAGGGAUGGAAAAAACACUAAAGGAGGAGCUGAACAACUUGAAAAUCGCCGUGGAAGAGAAACAAAGAGAACUUGAGGAACGCAUCCUUGUAGAAAAAACACUGAAUGAAAAAUCGGAGACUGCUCUGCAAGACCUGAAUACGAAGUCAAGUGAAUUGGAGGAGUUGAGACACAGUCUAUCACAAGCGCAGUCUGCGAAGGAGAGCCUGGUGGACUCGAAUGCUAAUUUAAGCAAGAUUACCAAGGAUCUAGGUCAGUGCAAGAAGCAGUUGAAACAGUUGGAGCGCAAGCUGGAGGUUGCACAAGCAGAUUUGAGGAAAAACGAGGAGACCCUUCAGCGGAAGUCGAAGGAGCUUGAGGAAAUGGAGCAACAGUUGCAACAGACCAAGAAAGAACUCUCGGAGAAGGAGAAGUUGCACAUCGAGGCAACUGCCGCCAGGCACGAAGACGAACAACGGUUGAGGAAAGGGCUGGAUGAUGAAAAGGCUACGCACGCGGAGAAGAUUGCAAGCACUGUAAAAGAGAUGGAAGUUAAGCUUAAGACACAGGAAACCAAGAUGGACAAGAUCAAACAGAAGGCCAAAGAGAUGCAGGAGAAGUUCAAGAAAAGACUUCAGGAAAAUGAGGAGUCUAUGAAGAAAGAACUUUCCAAGAAAGAGGAAGAGCUCCAGCAGAAAGAGCAGCAAGUCAGAGAUAAAAUCCUAGAGAUGGCCCAGAAAAGUUCCCACGGUCUCAGCAGUGCCAUGUCAGAGUUACAGACCAACCACAAGGAAGAGCUGGAGAAUCUGCAUAAAUCUCAUAAGCAGGAGGUUGAGGAUUUGGAACAUCGCUGGCAAGAGAAGUUAAGACAACAGGAAGAGGAUAUUUCGGAGAAACACUUGCACGUAGUGCAGGAGAAGGCCCUGGAAUUGGAAGACGCAUCUCAGCAACUCAGUACUAUCAGGGUAGAGAAGGACCAAUCAGUGCUUGAGAUAAACAAGUUUAAAGAAGAGCUGGCAAUUCGAGAGACCACUGUGCAGAAACUCCAAGUGGAGCUGAAGGAAGCAGCAGGUAAGCUUGAGGGUUUGUCCCAGAGUGAGGCUUUGCUUAAGGGGCAAAUUGAGUCCAUGGAAAGGAACCUAAAUCAGGCUCUGAUUGAGAGAAAUGCUCUCCAAGAUCAGCUGAGUAGCACGGAGGAAGGGAGCAGGAAUAAGUUGAAGGCUUUAUCCAAAAAAUUGGAGUCAAGCGAAGGCAAGCUUAAAUCUCUUAAAACUUCCAAAAGCAAGCAGGGUGAAGACUUGGAGAGGAAACUUGAGGAGAGUGCUCUUCAAAUCCAAGCGAAGGAAGGUGAUUUCCAGAAGCAGUUACUGGUAAUCACCAACCAAAUGGAGCACUACUGUAGGGAGGUUCAAUCAAAAGUUGAAAGUGGUUCCACUGAGCUCUAUGGAAGAGUUGAGUCCAGGGUGACCAAGCUGAAAGACCAAGUUCUUUGUAACCAGAAAAGGGUGGGGGAGCUCAAAAAUGUUAUCCUUACUAAAUUGGAUACAAUUUGCACUUUAGAGGAGAAGCUCCGCAAGCAGACGGAGGAGAACAUGAAUCUAUGCAGUUCAAUUGAGCAGUUGACCGUUCAGCUCGGCACUCAGGCAGAGAAUAUUGAAGCCUUAACCAAUGAGAGGGACCGUCUGCUGAAGGAAGCGAAGGGUCAUUCUCAGUCCAUUUCACAAGACGUCCUCAGAAUAGAAAAGCUCAGCGAAGAAAACAAAACGAUAUCAGAAAACAUGAGCGCAAACGUGUUGCAUAUCAGCAACUUGGAGAGCAUCAUUGAUACCUUAAAGAGUCAGGUAGCAGGUAGUGUCACGGAGAAGGAGGAAGCCAUACAUCUACAGAGCCAGCGUUGCAAAGAGGAGAGUCAGCAGAUUGUUGCUAACAUGAGGGAGACCAUUGAGAAGCUUGAGCAGGAGAAGAAGUCUGCUGUGGAGCAGGCGGACACGCUCAGGAACAGCCUGUCUGAGUUCAAGAACAACGCAGAGUCCAAGUUCACACAGAACCACAACACCGUCGUGUCUCUGCAGGACCGCCUGCGUGACCUGGAGCGAGAGAUCUCCGAGAAGAACGAGGCGUUGCAGCGUUUGACUGCGAACAUCGACAAUCAGUCCAUCAGCAAGUCUGAGAUGGACCAGGCCCUGAGCGAGAAGGAGCAGCGGGUCAGCGCACUCGCCUCGGAGCUGGAGAGCUGCAACGGCAGGCUCUGCGAGCUUCAAGACCAGUUGGCCUUGAAGACGAAAGAGUGUGAGCAACUCUCGGCCGCCCUCAAGCAGCAGCUCAGUGACAGGGAACGCGAGAAGAGAGAGUUCACAGAACAGCUGCAGCAGAUACAGGAGCAGUUCACACACAACAGCCAUUUGUUCCAAGAGACGGAGGGCAAGCUGCACAUCCUGGAGAAGGAGAACCACACUUGUAAAUCUGAGCUUGAGGCUCAACGGGUAGAGUUUGAGAAGAUGAGAAGCGAAAUGCAGAAGAGCAAGGAGCAGAGCCUGAAGGACGCUGAGGAGAGGCUGUCUGGGGAGAGUGCGAAGAAAAUGGCCGACCUCAAAAAGAAGGCUGAGCAGAAAAUUGGUCAGCUUAAGAAACAGUUGACAUCACAGCUUGAGGAAAAAGAGCAGAUGGUUCAGUCUUUGAAGUCGAGCUUAGAGGAAAUCAAUGAAAGGGAAGCGGGAAGCAAGCGGCACACGGAGACCUUAGAAGAGCAGGGAAGAAACCUUGAGGACGCACUGGGAAAGCUUAAAGAAGACCACGAGAAACGCCUCGAAGAGUCUCUGAGCGAGCAGAGGCUGGAGAACGAAAAGUCUUUAGAGGAGUUGAAAUGCGUGUACGAGGGGAAGAUCUCGUUACUUCAGAGGGAUGAAACGGCCGCUCCCGAUGCCAAGGCGGAUGAAACACCCUCUAAGCUGGAAGAACUUGGAGAAAGACUUCACGAGGCAGAGGAGCAGAAUCGAAACCUUGUUGUCGAAAUAGGUCGACUGAAAGAAGAGCUCCUCGAGAGAGAAGCUUGGCUGAAACAACAGCAGGUCGCUAUGGUUUCCUUGGAGAAGCAGACGCUGGUGCAGCAGGAGGAGGUGGUCAGGAUGGAACAGAGUAGCGCAGUGCAGGCGCCGAGACCGGAGACGACGGACCAGAGAGAUGAGGACGGAGAGUCUCUGGAGUCCUUGAAGGAGAAGCUGACUGAGGUCAAGAACGAGAAACUGAAGAUCCACAAAGACUUCACCAGGUUGCAGAAGGACUUCCGGUCGCUGAGGAGGGAACAUGAGCAGGAUCUCGAGCACCUCAAGAAGGAGUUGGCGGAGGAGAGUGACAAGAAUUUGAAGUUGGAGUUGGAAGAUCUGGAAAUAAAGCAAAACUAUUCACUCAAGCAGCUCAUGAGGGACUUCAACACACAAAUGGCUCUAAAGGAGAAGGAGAUUGAACUGACAGUGAAGGAGACUAUUGGGAAGGCUCAGUGUGUGGAGGCUGAGCUAAUCACAAGCAACCGGGAAGAAGUCAGCCAGCUUCAUAAGCUCAUCGCCCAGAAGGACGAUGACCUGCAGAGAACUGUUCAGAAAUAUGAACAGGUGUUGCAGAGUCGAGAGGACGAAAUGGGGGACAGAGUGUGGCAAGUCCAGAAAGAACUGGAGGACCUGCAAACAAGGGUCGGCGGGGCUGAUUCUGAGAUGAGCAUCGAAGACCUGCAGGCUCAGCUGUCUGAGAGGAACACUCUGUUGAGCGAGGCCCGGCUGAAGGAGCAGGAGUUUGUCGACCGAAUCCACUCACUCGAGGAUACGAUGAGAUGUCUCCACAAAAAGGCUGUAGUUACUCAUCUGGGAAACCCCUGCAAAGACCCGGGAUACAGCAGUACCGACGCGCUGUCGGAACCCACCGAGUUUGAGUACCUGAGGAAGGUUCUGUUUGAGUACAUGAUGGGCCGGGAAACCAAGACGAUGGCCAAAGUCCUCACUUCCGUGCUGAAGUUCCCACCAGAACAAGUACAGAGCGUUCUGGAGAAAGAGGAAUCUAAAGCACUUCCUUGGCUUCGAUGAGUGUUGACAUGAAGUGCUCCUGAGGGAUGGAAUUACACUGCUGCUGAGAGGCAAGACUGCCAGACACCUAAUCAAGCCCUUCUCCCAUUCACAUCUUAAGUUUUUGUUUGUGUGGAUGUGUGUGUGUGUGUGUGUGUGUGUGUGUGUGUGUGUGUGUGUGUGUGUGUGUGUGUGUGUGUGUGUGUGUGUGUGUGUGUGUGUGUGUGUGUGUGUGUGUGUGUGUGUGUGUGUGUGUGUCUGUGUGCAUGUGACGCGUGCAAUUCUGGGGCAUCUAUGGUGUGCGUAGCUUUAUGUUUAAGUUAUAAAGGAAUUUAAAUAAUAUGUAAGAGAAUCUUCCAUGAAUCUAGAUUUCUGCUGAAAAUAGCGGUUGUUGAUUUACACAUUAUGAUAUUUUGUUUGAUUCAUUUUUUUAGACAAGGAUUUAUGUUUUUCUUUUUAUUUAGAUGUGUUUAUAAUGAAUGGCUUGUGCAAUAAUCCAUAUCAUGUAUUGAUGCUGAUGGUCAGUUGAUUUUAUUUGUUUGUGUUUGUGUGUCUGCAUCACUUCCUCUGUAAAACUGUAAUGACCCUUUAACUGUGCUCUCGCACCACAUUAAGACAUACUAGCACCUAUUACCUUGUUUGUUUACCACUGCUUUUCUAUACUUUAUAUAUUGUGGAAAACUGACAAGUAAACCCCCCAAAAAUGUCUCUUAAAUUGUACUAUAAUGGUUAAUCUGUACACAAUAUGACUUGCUAUACAUUUCCAGGAAAAAAAACGAAUUAAAUCCUAUUUAUAGU